AUGACGUCCGCUAUCAUCUAUCGUCGUCAGUCUAUGGCGACUCUCUACGAGAAACUACGCGCUCAAGACGGGGAAGAUCACAUGGCCUGGCUUGCCGAAGUUACCGCCGAGUUCGACACAGAAGACAAGCCAGAACAUUUUGUUCCUUCUGUCCCAAGUCCACCUUCAGUUAUUUCAUCUGGUUCAUCUUCAGCCUCGUCUUCACCUCAAAACUCAACAACUUCUUUGGACUCUAAUGAUCAAUCCGAAGGCGAAUCCGACUCCGCCUCUGAUUCGGACUCGGAGAUCGAACACAUUGAUAAUCCAGAUGGGAUUCUCUUUCAGAGUUAUGACCCUAUCCAAUAUGACCCCUCAGACUUCCUGGCCCAGAAUCUUCAUCCAAUCGUGGAUCUUCCUUAUAUCCCUCCCGUCGAGCUCGAGUACAAUCCUCCACUCAACUUUGAGUACGACGUGGAAUCCCAAGCCGCGCUUACAAUGGAACCCACUCCCCCAUCUUUCUUUGUUCCGCAACCGGCUCCGCAACCCGCGUUCCCUACAGUAAACAACUCCCUGCCAUUUAUGACGCGCUCCACUCGUUCUGUCCUCAAGCGUAAUGCUUCUGUUGCACUCCACGAUUUGGGGGAGGAUGCUGAUGGACAGAGUGAUGCAGACGAGACGGAUGACGAAUAUGUUCCGUCAUCUUCGCGUAAUCCGAAGAAACGUCGUCGCUCCACGCGUCAUUCCAGUGUAUCUUCCCAUAUUCCCACCUAUACCACCACCCAAUACGUAUCGCCUCCCGCAAAACGACUUCGCGCUGCCCCCCUCCCGCGAAACGCACAAGCCAUCCCUGGCAGUACUCCCAACUUUACAAACAAAUCCAACCCUUGGGCAUGUCCCUAUUGCAAGUGGGUUCAGCGCAAUCAUCGUACCCCUGACCUUAAACGACAUAUCCGCACGCAUACGCGUUUCGAGAGACCCGCGCAGUGGGUCUGCUGCGGCAUACCCGCUGAAUCGGCUGCAAUCUACAACGUUCCGCCCAACGCGACUCCCUACAUUCACAACGGCAAACAAAUGAUUGGAGGAUGCGGGAAGGAGUUCAGCAGACGGGACGCGCUCAAGCGUCAUCUGGGCAAUGACCAUAUCUCUUGUGUGGGAGAUAUCGACGCGUUCGCUAAUGUCUACGAUGAUUAA